AUGUGGAGCUAUGUAAUGGCGGCGGCUCGAUGUGACCCGCGCAGGCGCCCCGGGUCCGUCUUCACCGUACAAGCGGCGGCGGCGGCGGCAUCGUCGCACAGGGCCGGUCCGGGCCCCUGCAGGGACGGCCUCGCCGCCGACGGAUCCGCCAAAUUCGUCCCGAACUCCAUACAGAGAGAUGGCGCCGGCGGCGAUUUCUCCGGCGACGAGCUGGACGCCAAUGAGGCGGGGAUGUCCAGGGACGUGCUGGCCGAAGUGCAGGUUCAUACGCCGCUGGCGGAGCGGUGUCGAAGGUUUCAGGAAAAAACACCAUUGCAGGAGACCCUCCGCAGGCGACCGCUGCUGUCGACGGUGCGCGGCGGCCUCGGCCGGAUAGCCUCCGCCCUGCGGGCGGCGGUCCGCUUCAGGCGCUUCUCCCGCCGCCGGUCACGCGCCGCCCCCGACUGGUUCAUCGACAAAUGCCCGACGGACGAUCAUCCGGCCGACAAGGACCACCUGGUGCCCACCUGCUGGGGUCGCAGGAUCGUCGUCGAUCCCACCAAGCUCUCGCACUACGUGUGGUUGAUGGUGGUGUCGCUGGCGGCGCUGUACAAUACGAUUUUCGUACUGGGCAGGGCGGUGUUUUGGGAGUUGAACAACAAAUACCCGCCGUUGUGGUGGACUUUGGACUAUUUGUGCGACGCCGUGUAUAUAGUGGACGCUUUGGUGCAUGCGCACGAGGGUUACCUGGAACAAGGCCUGCUGGUGACGGAGCCGCGCAAGCUGCGCGCCCACUACCUCCAAUCGAACUCCUGGCGUUCGGACGUCAUCUGCGUGGUGCCCACCGAUCUGGCGUACGCCUGGUGGCCCCCAUUCCAGUGCGACCUGGCCGUACCCUGUCCGGUCAUCGUGCGCCUAAAUAGGCUCUUCAAGUUGCCCAGGCUGUGGGAGUGGUUCGAGCGCACCGAGACCGACACCAACUACCCGAACGUCUUCAGGAUCUGCAAGGUGGUGCUGGCCAUUCUGGUGCUGAUCCAUUGGAACGCCUGCCUGUACUUCGCCAUCAGCUAUUUCAUAGGCUUCGGCACCGAUAAUUGGGUGUACAAUUUGAACGGGCCGCAGAAUUCCUCGUUGGCCAGGCAGUAUAUUUACAGUUUCUAUUGGUCGACGUUGACGUUGACAACUAUAGGGGAAACGCCGGUGCCUGAGAACGAUGCCGAGUACCUGUUUGUGGUGGCUGAUUUCCUGGCUGGUGUUCUCAUUUUCGCUACUAUUGUCGGCAACAUCGGCUCGAUGAUAUCGAACAUGAACGUGGCCCGCGUCGAUUUCCAGAACCGCAUGGACGGCGUCAAGCAGUACAUGGCCUUCCGGAAGGUGGGCAGGGAGCUGGAGGCGCGCGUCAUCCGCUGGUUCGCCUACACCUGGGCCGAGAGCGGCGCCUUGGACGAGGAGCGCGUCCUCUCGGCGCUGCCCGACAAGCUCAAGGCCGAGAUCGCCAUUCGCGUCCAUCUGGACACCUUGCGCAAGGUCCGGAUAUUCCAGGACUGCGAGCCCGGCCUGCUCGAGGCGCUUGUACUCAAACUUCGACUACAAGUGUUCUCGCCGGGCGAUUACAUAUGCAGGAAGGGCGACGUGGGCAAGGAGAUGUACAUAGUGAAGAGAGGUCGAUUGCAGGUGGUAGCCGACGACGGUUGUACGGUACUGGCGACGCUCGGCGCCGGUUCGGUUUUCGGCGAAGUAAGCGUCCUGGACAUAGCAGGAAACCGCACUGGUAACAGGAGAACCGCGAACGUCAGAUCCUUGGGCUACUCGGAUCUCUUCUGCUUGGCCAAAGACGAUCUGCUGGUCGCUCUGGCCGAUUACCCGGAGGCGAGGGCGACGCUGACGGAGCGCGGUUGCCAGUUGCUCAGGAAGGACGGGUUGCUGGACGAGGAGGUGUUCCGCAACGCCAAGGACACGCAGGAAUCGAUGAACGACAGCAUCAGGAAGCUGGAGGGCACCGUCGAGACGCUGCAAAUACGCCUGGCUAGGUUGCUGGCCGAGUUCACCGCCAGCCAGGCCAAAAUCAAGCAGAGGAUCACCCGGAUCGAAACGAGCGCGACGCGCGAGGAGGAAAAGGCGUCGCAGAAGGAAUCGACGGCGGUGAGCGUCGCGGCGCCGCAGAGGAGAAGGUUGCACUCGUUCGAAGUGCGCAGGGAAACGUCGGGAUCGUCGAAUAGACAUCAGACUCUGUGA